UCCAAUGUUUCCAAUUCUGCCAGUACAUCGAGUGCGUGUAUUGAAAGGCUCAUUGCGAUAGACCACGAUAGGCAGUCUUCGGAGGAAACGCCUUCGGGGGGAACACCAGACGUCAGUGCUUCAAAGCAGAUCGCCAAGGAUAACAGCAGGCCGGUUACGCACACCGAUGAGGGACAAAAGUCUACUCAACAGACUUCCGUCGGAGCAUCAAAUGCAUUUAUCAAGAAACGCACGACUCCACUGCCGAAGUUCAAGAAAAACAAGAGGACCGAGGAAUCUGUACCAGCUAUCAAUACAGAUGUCCAACGCCCUCAACCUCCUUCGUCUGUCUCUGAUACUCGAUCGAUGCCUCUGGGCAGUAAUACACUGUCCGCUUCAGAGAUUCAACUAGAUUCGGUUGAGUCAUAUCCUUUGUCGCCUGAUCAAUGGCCAGAAAGCAGCUCCUUCCCCAUCGAGCCACGCACGCACGCCCUACCACCAGCGAUAUCCUCCGUAUCUGGUCAACCUGCUCCGACAGAACCUAUUAGUGAAGUACCAGAUCCUUCUAAUUCCGCAUUGUUCGAGUUUCUGCGACGAUUAGAGAGGAACGGACAGGACAUCAGGGAAAAUCUGCUAGAGUUGCAUAUGGAAAUAAGGACGCUAAAGGAGGAGAACAUGAGACUACGACAGCAGCAAUCGAAUGCUCCACCCGCUUUCGUCUGUGGCACAAAUGCAAAUGCUAACGUUCAUGGGGGACAAUGGCAACCAGACGGCCUAGUGUCUCAUGGCGGCAGUCAAUUGGCAUUCAAUGGUGGCAAUUAUUUUGCGCCUGGGCAGCAAGGUCCUAACUCGCACAAUGGAGGUUAUGUACGACAAAACGAGUACUGGAAUUCGCGAAAUGACAGUCAAGCAAGUCGAAUGUCUCCACCAGAGUCUCCGCCAGACCGACUGAAUCUACGAAGGCGUGCUAGUCCUUACCAGCCUAUCGAGGACCGUACUAGGUGGAAGAAGUGGUGGGAUGUCGGUCCAGACGGGCUUAAUCGGGCACCAGCACGGGAGCAAAACGAUCUUGGCAAUGCAGGCAGUCUCGCGAACUCGCGACCUAUCGAAGUCCAUCAUCAUCAAGACGUUAAUAAUCAAUGUGAGCGCAAACGCACGCGCAGUGACACUGCUGAGCCUCCACGACGUCCACGUUAUGACGAACCGCGCAUGAAUCGACAGCGGCACGUAAGCAUGAACGAUGACUACAAGCGUCGGAAGUUUGUAGACGAGGAACUACCGCCUGCACAACCAUCGUCAUCGUCGCUACAAUUAUACAUGCCAGUGCAGAGCCGCAUUGAAGAGGAUGAUCCGUAUGUGCCUGACGAGUUUGCGAGCUUACCGCCUGCCAGGCCCGUGAUUCCGACUGGGCCAAGGCGUGAUGCUCGUCUGCAGACUCAUGCACGCUAAAUAACUGCUUUGUCCGAAUUCGUCUUUCAAUUCAUUGCAAUGUGUUCGAACAUAUGCGAUUUUGCCAACCUCUCUAGAAAACAAAGACUAUAAACGUUUAUUCCUCUGUUCCCUUUCUGUAUUUACUUGGACUGCUCAUUGUUCACUUGCUUGAUUACUUUUAAUCCGGGCAGAUGUUUUAUUUAGAUCUUCAUUAAGUGUUCAAUUGGUGUAUUGUAUAUUUGCAUUUGUUAUAUUUAGUGUAGUCUGGUCAUCCCGCGCUUCUGUUGCUUCAUAGUUGCUGUCUCAUUGCAUUGCAUUAUUCACCCAUCUCACUCUCAACUUGCUUUCGGAAUGCUUUCUUAUCGUCACUUCAUUCAUCGUUGUCAUUGUAAUGUGUAGCACUACUAACUAAAGAAACUAUGAUACUCCGUUAC